ACUCCCCCCUCCCUACUCCCCUUGGGGGCCGGCCUCCGAGCAUUGUACUCACAUCCGGGGGUUGCGUUUUGCUUUAGUGCUAAGCGUAAUUAACCCGGAAAAAAGGGCCGAGAGACCAGAAAGGGGGAGGGGGAAGAAGGAGGAGGAGGAGGGACAGAGAUACAGAUACAGACAGAGACACUGACAGUUCUAGGGACCGAGAGAGAUUGGCUGGGGGAUAGAGAGAUUUGGCCAGUGAGAAGGGAGAAGAGCCAAUUGGCAAACCCCUAUGUGAAGCAGCCGGAGAUCCCCGGGCCCCCUGCGCAGCGGGGGUGAUGUGAGCAGAGCACAGGAAUGCCUUAUGUGGAUCGGCAGAAUCGAAUUUGUGGGUUCUUGGACAUCGAGGACAAUGAGACCAGUGGCAAGUUCCUACGGAGAUACUUUAUCCUGGACACCCAGGCUAACUGCCUCCUCUGGUACAUGGACAAUCCUCAGAACCUGGCAAUUGGAGCAGGAGCUGUCGGAUCUUUGCCAUUGACCUACAUCUCCAAGGUAAAUAUAGCCACUCCAAAACAGAAACCAAAAACUCCAUUUUGCUUUGUCAUCAAUGCCCUUUCUCAGCGUUAUUUCCUACAAGCCAAUGACCAGAAAGACCUGAAGGAUUGGGUAGAGGCACUGAACCAAGCCAGCAAGAUCACAGUGCCCAAAGUGGGGAGCCUGCCCCUGGCUACUGAGGUUGCCAAGAGCCCAGCAAUUUCUCAGCCCCUAGAAAAAAAGCUACAGGUGGCAUAUAAGACAGAGAUCAUUGGUGGGGUUGUGGUACACACGCCCAUCAACCAGGUAUAG